CCCAGAUCAGCGCACCAGUAUUCCCCACAGCUGUAUCCCUCCAAGCCCUAUCCACACAUUCUUUCUACACCAGCAGCUCAAACGAUGUCGGCCUAUGCAGGCCAGACUCAGUAUUCGGGGAUGCAGCAGCCAGCUGUCUACACAGCCUACUCACAGACAGGACAGACCUACAGCCUGCCUGCUUAUGAUCUUGGUGUGAUGUUGCCAGCCAUCAAGACAGAAAGUGGGCUUUCCCAAACUCAGUCUCCAUUACAGAGUGGCUGCCUCAGUUACAGCCCUGGGUUUUCUACCCCACAACCGGGCCAGACACCUUACUCUUACCAAAUGCCAGGCUCCAGUUUCGCACCAUCAUCUACCAUUUAUGCAAAUAAUUCCGUUUCCAAUUCAACAAAUUUCAGUGGCUCCCAACAGGAUUACCCAUCCUACACAGCCUUUGGCCAAAACCAAUAUGCUCAGUAUUACUCGGCAUCCACCUAUGGGGCAUAUAUGGCAUCCAACAACGCAGCCGAUGGCACAUCAUCGUCAGCCUCAACUUACCAGCUGCAGGAAGCUCUCCCAGGUCUGACUAGCCAGCCAGGUAAAGAUCUUCACCCCAAGUUUGAUACGGUGCAGAGCCCCUCCACACCAAUCAAAGACCUCGAUGACAGAACAUGUAGAAGUUCUGGGUCAAAGUCUCGAGGAAGAGGCCGGAAAAACAACCCCUCACCACCUCCGGACAGUGACCUGGAGCGUGUAUUCGUCUGGGACUUGGAUGAAACCAUCAUUGUCUUCCACUCUCUCCUCACUGGCUCUUACGCACAGAAGUAUGGCAAGGAUCCCCCAAUGGCUGUGACCCUCGGGCUCCGAAUGGAGGAAAUGAUCUUUAAUCUUGCUGAUACGCAUUUGUUUUUUAAUGACUUAGAGGAGUGUGAUCAAGUUCACAUAGAUGAUGUUUCCUCAGAUGACAACGGUCAGGACUUAAGUACCUACAGUUUUGCAACUGAUGGCUUCCAUGCAGCUGCAAGUAGUGCGAACCUUUGUUUGCCAACAGGUGUGAGAGGAGGAGUGGACUGGAUGAGGAAGUUGGCUUUUCGCUACAGAAGAGUAAAGGAAUUAUAUAACACAUACAAGAACAAUGUCGGAGGACUCCUUGGCCCUGCCAAGAGGGAUGCAUGGCUGCAAUUAAGGGCAGAGAUCGAAGGCCUAACAGAUUCCUGGCUAACGAAUGCACUUAAGUCUUUAUCAAUUAUUAGUACUAGGAGUAACUGUGUAAACGUCUUGGUAACGACGACGCAGCUGAUCCCGGCCCUGGCGAAGAUCCUGCUCUACAGCCUAGGAGGUGCUUUUCCCAUUGAGAACAUUUACAGUGCAACGAAAAUAGGAAAAGAAAGUUGCUUUGAACGAAUAAUGCAAAGGUUUGGCAGAAAAGUAGUAUAUGUUGUAAUUGGGGAUGGUGUAGAAGAAGAGCAGGCAGCGAAAAAGCACAACAUGCCCUUUUGGAGGAUAUCAAGCCACUCGGACCUCUUGGCUCUACAUCAAGCACUGGAGUUAGAGUAUUUGUAACUGUAUUCUCUAGCUGGGGAUCCAUUGUUUUUUUUUUAUAUUUCAAGUACACUGAAUUUUUAUGUGUGAUCCAAUGCCGCUGGCUUCUUCUCCACAUCUAAAUGGUCUUAAAGGAGGAAAUCAUGCUUGGAAUGAGAACUCCAGAGUGAAGAAUUCAGGUUGCUGAAUGGAAUUAAACUUUAGUGCUGCAGAAAGGAAACUCUAUGGUCUUAUUAUCUUUACAAUACUUUCAUGGUUUAAAAAAAAAUCUGUGGAGGUUGCUGACAGCCACCAAAUGAGUCCUAACUGGAAUUAACAGCUUUAGUAAAGAACUCGAGCCCUCCAGACCACAGCACCUGUUCUGCCUCUGACAAGGUGGUCGAAAACAUUCCUCAAAAUGAGAGUUCUUCUCACCCCUGAGGUUUGAAUCUGACUUUUAGCCUACCUAGCCCAGAAAAUCUGAAUCUGAAUGCACUCAGACUGUAUACUGACAGUCCUAUCUAGACCUGUAAUUUGUGUAAAUUAUUGAUGGAAAUAAUUUACUGUGACUUUAUUAGCAGCUGACUCUGAAAGUGGAUGCAAUUGUUCUUUUUUUGUCGGGGCGGGAAGAGGGCCAGGGAAAUGGGAAUAUAAUAUUGUCUCUUUUUUUAAGUUUGGCAAAGAGAAUGUUCAUACUGAUGCAUUGUGCCUUAAAGACAAGACAGCGUUUGUGUGUUACAAUGUAACUUUGGUUAAAGUCUCUGUAGAUAAUGAAAGACAAAAUAAACAAACAAACAGAAAGCAAAAAAAAAAAACCCAAAUAAACAAAAAGCUUGGUAAUAAUCCUUGGCAUGACCAAAUUUAAAAUUCAGACUGGCAUUUUAAUACUGAAUCAUCAACAAACUGAGGAUUUGUUAGAAUGAGAAACCAAUCGUAAUAAUACAAGAAGGCUUGCAUCUUAUUUGGCUUCUGAAUAUUUCCAGUAAUAGGUAAGAGUCAACUAUCUUAGCAUCAAUAAGCAAAAGGUUUGGGAAACAGUGAGUUCUUUAUUUCUAAAGUGAAAUAUAUGUUGAUGUCGCAACUAUCCUUUCUUACAGUUUUCUGGAAGAAAACUAAGAGCCAUAUUCAUGCUAAUUUACCCAAUUUCAAUUUAAGAUUCUGGACAUGUGUAAAUUGCUUAGAGAAAGAUAUUAUGGUGCAAACCAUUAGCAAAUAUCCUUCAAGUCAUUUUUAUAAUAUGCUAUGGCUAUAGCUUAACAUGCACAUUGAGUGGACAUGACAGAAUACGUUUGUCUUUCAUGUCACUCAAAAGCGAGUAUACCCUCAGUGAUAGAAGGCAGGUCUAUCAGAUAGCUCCCAAGGGAAAAAACACUGAGUCUAUGAAAAUUUUAUAGAAUAUCAUCAUAAAUUCAUUAUCAGACAAGCUAGGUCUUGACAACA